AUGAGUGAAUUAAGUGAUGCUGAAAAGCGUAGACUUUUGCGUGAAAGAAGGCAACAGAAGUUUAACAAUGGUGGAGCUACUUCAAGGUUGAAUAAAAUUACAGGUCAAGUUCCCGAUAGUCAAUUAGACAAUACAUCACCUUUAGACUCCCGUCCAGCCCCUAGAGCUGCAGCUUCAGUCUCUGGGACCCCUACUCCACCGGUUUCGAAAGGAUCGGCUGUCGGGAAUGAAGCGAGUACACUUGAAAUGGAUGAGUUGAUUGCCAGUAUAUCCAAACCUGCCUCUCCUGCAGUCCUUCCGAAGAAGACCAAGUCUCCAGCGGCCCCUGAGAAGUCAUCAAGUGGAAGCGAAGCCAAUGACCCACAAUUUGAUCUUUUCAAGAAUUUAAUGAAUGCGCAACAACCACAGGAUGGAUCUACGCCAGAUUUGUUAUCCCUAUUUGGCUCUAUGAAUGGUGAAGGUGCCAAUGAUCUUCCAAACCCGUUUGCGUCAGAACCUGUUGAUCAAAAAAUGUUAGAUUACCACAACUAUGCCGUUAACUUGCUCAAGUCAUGGUCUAUUCUGCUCAAGUGGCUUGUUCUUUUCCCCUACAUCUAUUUGAUAACAAGAUCUUCUGCAGAGAUCAGCCUCCCACUGCCUCGCUGGAUGAUCGAGCCUUCAAAUUUCUUCUCUGUCUUCAUAGCUUUUGAAAUCAUCGCCACUUCUGUUUAUUACCAGAGGCUACAAUCUAUCGAAAAGAACAACAAAGUCAAUACUUUGCAAAACAGCAGCAAGAUUGCUAGGCUUGUAUCCUUCAUCCCAGCGCAAGGAUUGCCUAUUCCGAAUCUGAGAGGUAAAAUUCUCAUGGCAUUACAAUACUGGGAUGUGUUGUCCAUGCUAAUCACUGACAUUUGCUUUGUUUUAAUCGCUAUGGGCCUUUGUAGUUACCUAUAG